AUGCGGCGAUUCUUGCGCAUGCUGCGAGCCCGGUCCUCCUGCAACUCCUGCUCCUGCUGGUGUAGGAUCGGCGCCGUCAGUUGUCAAGGGGUAUCCCCAGGUGUACUCUUCCGCUGCGGUCGCGCAACCUCCCCCCCCUGCGUACGAGGGUCCUGGCAACAUUCCGCCCCCCGGAGUCCAAGCGUACCCGGCGGCUGCAGCAACUGCGGCUCCUCCCGCAUACGAGGGCCCAGCGCGCAACCAGUAUCCCGCGCCUGCAUGAGUGCUGGCGGUUGUACGGUAGCGGUGUAGGCGAACGUUUCGCCGUCGCGUCUAUGUUAUGUGACUAAUGUACUUUUCCGAGCAAGCGCUUAUUCAUAGCCUCGCAGAUGGUGGUUGCAUCGAUAUCUACCUACAAGGCAUGAGCGUAGCUGUGCGGUUUACACGGAUUACUUCAUGCUGUGUUGUCCAACUUUGAGUAUGUGUACGCAGGUUUCGUCAUCUGCAUUCUCUAUUAUUUCUGGACAUGUCGGCUGGCAUAGACAGGCCAAAGGUGGUCGACUACAAGGUAGGGUAGCAAAGGCUCGUAAGAGGGU